GUGCCAGCACGAAACUGAAGUAUCUGUACCCACCCGUUCAGUUGGUGUUCAAACUUCAAACUCCGAACACACAGACACUGAACAUACCGGCAAUUGAUUGGCCACAAAAUGACAGGCAAAUCUGAAAUGAAUUUUUCAUUCCUGUUAAUUUCAGUGCUUGUGAUUAGUCAAGUUAACUGUGUUAUCCCACCUGUUAACGAUGUCAAUAAUUGGGCUGGUGAGUUGGAAAAAGCACAGCAAGAUUUCAAUUUGGACUCGUACACGAAGCAGUGGAUGGAUGAGUGCGAGAGGGUCAAUGGUAGCGAGGCCAUCGAGGAAAUCCGUGAUUCAAUGACAGCAUUAACUGAAUGCAUCUCGUCGAAAAUCAAUAUCCAUAAUAUAACAGAAGAAAUUAAGGAAGCCUCACCUAAGGGAAUCCUUGACGAGGUUUUUGCGAAAUAUUGCAAUGAAGUUCCAGCUAUUAAACAAUGCAGAAUUCCCGUCAUAUCCGCAAUGCAAGUUUGCCUUUCAGACCAAGCUGAUCAGGAUCUUGAAGUCUUAGACGAAGCCAUGAAUGCAGCAUUGGAUUUCAUGUGCUACAAAGGAGGGGAACGGAUAGCAAUUUUCAUGUCUGAAAAUGGAACCGAUUGUUUCUUUUCAAAUGUGGAUAACAUAGCAACAUGCCUGAAUGGUAGUUUGCCUGAAAUGGAAGCCGCCAUCACUAGCAUGCAGACGACCAACACGUCUAUCUUUAACGAUGAAAACUGCCGGCUGGAAAGCAAAAUGAAGGCAUGUGUAAUUGACGGGUUGAAAACCUGUUCUGACCCUACACCUGCCAACGUUGUUGAAGGCUUAAUCGACUCCAUGAUCAAAAGGACACCGUGCCACAAAAGCGAAGCUAGUAGCAUGAGUUUUUCUUAUUCCUUCCGUUCUUCAGUAUUACUUUCGACAUUGGCAGCUUUGGUGGUGGCCACGCGAACCAUGUUCUACCCCUAAGUAUUGUGCAACAUAAUAUCUAGUCUCAGAAUAUGCCCAAAGCCUUGUCAUUUUUGUGCGUAAAUCAUUGUGAUUGCUUCCGGAGAAUGCGAUAGUUGGUGGUAAGUGUACUCUUCCGGCAAUAGUGUUUUGACAAAUAACCACGUUUAUGAAGUUUUUAAUUACAUCCCACUAAAUUUCCCCCAACAAUAAAGAGUGUUACGUUUCAA